GCCACUUUUAUCUACCAGCCCUGGCCCGAUUGCUAUCUCGAAAUAGUCACUUGUUUGUCUUCUUCGUGGCUGUUAUUCUGUUCCUCAAAGAGACAUUGAUAAUGGGUCUGUAUGAAAUUCUCGGGAAACUAUCAAAAUCUAAACUGUUAUCAAAAUAUUCCGGUUUUUUUAAUCGUCUUAAACAAAUUUGGGACCCGGUGUCAUACCAUCGUGAACUUAUGUACGCCUAUUUUGCCAACAUCAAUACGAGGUCUUCUGCUAGUAUGGAUCAUUUCUCUCCUCGUAUGGAGAAAAUCUUUUCGUCUUCCGUGAAGAAAACUUAUGACGCUCUGUUUGCUUGGGCCGCCACUGAUGUUAAUGCCAAGUCUUGGUAUGUAGCGAGGGCGCUAUUGAGUAAGGAUCCCAAGCUGGAGUCCCGGUUAGCAUCAGAAACUCAAAGCUCAGCUGAAUCCCAAUUAGCAAGGGACUGUAUGUUGAGUAUGUUGGAGAAUCUGGACAAAAAAGAUCUGAAGAACAUGCUUUCAUGUUUUUUGGAGAAUAAUCCUGAAAUUCUAAAGGUUCUCUUUCGGGGAGGACCCAACUCCAUUGAGCGCAUUACGAUGGAGAACAUACAUAUUUCAUUUCCUAAGAUGAUUGCCACCAUUGCGGAUGAAUAUGAAGCUCAACAUUAUGCAGAGAAAAAACAAAAUAGAUUGAUCGCGCUUAAGAUAAAUUCAGACUUCAGUCACGCAGGUCUUCUUGUGAAUGUGUCUGAUCUGGGAAAAGAAACCCUGAAGGUUUUCAUUUGUGAUAAUUCAGUGGUGGUAAUCGGUAAGGUGGUAACUCCAUCUAGAUAUGGCCAAGUGGAAAAGGAUAUAAUAAAGCUGUGCGAUAGAAAUUAUGAUUUUAAUCAGGCGACUGCUGAGAUCACGGAGGAAGGUGAAUUGAGGAUCUCUUAUCCUAUUGUAUAUGGAGAAGCAGUGAAGAGACCCAUGUGUAUGCAGCUGAAACUUAAGCAGAUGGAUGAUUGAUUCCUUUGUCAUGUGUAAUAAUUUAUUUCAAAGACCACAUGGUGCUUCAUUCGUGCUCUAAAAUUUCGCAGCGAACUUGUGUUAAGAGUUCCAACCCUGUCAAAAUGUUUAGCUGUUGUUAUUUAGCAUAUUAAUAUUUUAGAA